AUGACUACCACGGAUUUUGACAUCAAGAAAUUCUGGGAAAUGGAAGAGGGACCACACAUUCAGCACCUCUCCUCCGAACAACGCGAAUGCGAGGACCACUUCACCAGGUACACCAAACGUGAUAAAUCCGGACGCUAUGUGGUUGCUUUACCAUUUAAUGAUAAGAAAGAUCAGAUCGGGGAAUCUUAUUCGCGCGCUUUCAACCGAUUCCUCUCGUUGGAGCGGAAAUUAAAUCGAGACGCAGAGUUAAAACAUAAUUACACCGCGGUUAUCGAAGAGUACCGUGCGCUCGGUCAUAUGACGCAGGUAAGACCGUCCCACUCGCCGGGUUUCUACCUGCCUCAUCACGCGGUCGAAAAACCGUCGAGCACGACAACAAAGGUUCGCUUAGUAUUCGAUGGCUCCGCGAAAUCGAACAGUGGCCUUUCUCUAAACGACGCACUAAUGACCGGCCCCACAAUACAAAGCGACAUCUUCUCGUUACUCCUACGUUUCCGGAUGCAUGCGUACGUGCUAACAGGAGACAUAGAAAAGAUGCAACACGACAGUCAUGAAGAGUCUCGGAAUUUCAUGGGAUGCGCGGAACGAUACACUACUGUACACGGUCGAACCUCCUACGACAACCGAUAUCACAAAACGAACAAUAUUAUCAACGAUAGCGAAGAUAUUCGAUCCUUUGGGGUUGCUUGGACCGGUCACGAGAACAGCUAA